GCAGUAUAUAUAACUAGGAAGAAUGUGACGCACCAAUCCAUAUCUCUUCUCUAAGCUCUCUUAAUCAUCUGCUUUUCUAAGCUCAUUAUUCUCUUCUUUAAAAAGAAGAACAAAAGUUCUCUUUUAAUUUUUCAUCAUCAUCUCCUUCCAUCAUUUAAUCAGCUUCUAAACCUAACUGAUUUCAGGUUAUAUUACAAAGCGAAGAAGCUCCAAGUGCGUCAUAUCAAAUCUACUUAGAGAUAUAUAUCCUGGAUAAAAUAAAAUCCUGAUUUCUUGGAACAUCAAAACAUGGAGAAGCUUCUUAACCCGUACGAUAAGCAGUGCAUGAAAAUGGCUAUGCUUAAACACGAAGAAACUUUCAAGCAACAGGUAUAUGAACUUCAUAGGUUAUAUCAAGUCCAGAAGAUAUUAAUGAAGAACAUGGAGAUCAAUAAAUUGACUACCAAAGGAAAUAAUAAUGUGAACUCAGGACUAGGAACGUUCAUCAGAAGAGUUGACCAUGAGAUUGACCGGCCGGCGAAUUUCCCCGGUGGUAAUAACAAAAAUAAUAAUAUAGAGAUUAUGGAUGAGAGUGAGAUCGAGUUAACGCUUGGUCCGUCGUGUUACGGUGAUGGUGAUUUGAUGAGGAUGAGCAAGAAGAAGAAGAACUCUUCGCCGGAGAUGAUGAUGGACGGGAAUUUAAACUCUGGUCGCCGGAGUUUCUCUUCUUCUUCGACAGGAUCAAGUAAUAAUAACAACAACAACAAUCUUGAAGAGCAAGUGAGAAUGAUGAAACAUCAGAAGCAGAAGCAGCCAUGGCUUCAGGCAUUGACCUUGAAUGUUAUCUGAUAAUUAAUUAUAUUAAUUUUUGACUGUAUUCUGAAAUAGAUUUGCAUCUUUCUCUUAAAAAAAAAAGAAUUAGUAGUUAAAUUUUUAUUUCCUGAUGAGAGUGUUUUAUCAUGCCUCUUUUCUCAGGUGGGUUUUUU